AGUCAAACACUAUAAACAAAUUCAAAGUUGCUUCAAUCUGACCAUGACGUCCGAAAGCGAGAUCUUCUACGAGCCUGGAAAGACCGAUCAUGGUUUACCGCGGGAUCCCUACAAAUCAUGCGUCGUCCCCAGACCAAUCGGAUGGAUCUCGUCCACCUCUCGCGACGGGCGCCACAACCUCGCCCCCUUCUCGCAAUUCAACAACCUCACUUUCGACCCGCCAUACGUCAUGUUCAGCUCCAACCAGGACCUGCACGAGCAGCGCAAGGACACGGUCAACAACAUCGAGUCGACGCAGGAGUUCUGCUGGAAUGUGGCGACGUGGGAGUUGCGUGAGGCGGUGAAUGCCAGCGCGGAAUGGCUGGCUCCGGACGUGGAUGAGUUCGAGCGAGCGGGGUUGGAGAAGGAGGCAGCGAAACUGGUCAAUGUCCCGAUGGUCAAGCGCAGCCCCAUCAAGUUCGAGUGCAAGUACUACACCACUCUCCGCCUACCGGGCAACGCGCCAAUGGGCAGUGUGGACGUGGUGGUCGGGCGGGUGAUCGGCAUCCACAUUGAUCCGCGCGUGCUCACGAACGGGAUGAUCGAUCUGGGCAAGGUGCAGCCUAUUGCGCGCUGCGGCUACCAUGAGUAUGCGGUGAUUCGCGGCGAUGCGAUUUUCGAGAUGGUCAUUCCGGGCGAUCCUAAGCAGUUGGUGGGUUUGGAGGGCAACUCGGCUAAGGCUAGGGGGUUGGUGAAUGGGGGGAACAAGGCUGCGGCGGAGGAGGGGUUGAAGGCGGGGCAUUGAUUGCGCGCUUGAGUCAAGGUAUGGCUAUCUGCGGACUGGGAAGCUCAGAAUCGAACUGGACGUGGGUGAUAGUGGUGCAGAGAGAUGUUGGCUACUGAUAUGUCUAUUGUCCAGGGUUGUCGAGUGCUUAGGGUUAAGGUUGGAGAUGCGCGGAGGUUGGAGCAGUUGAUCCGUGCAAGCGCCUGCUUAGUCAUUCAAAUUUUUCCCCGGUGAUGUCGCUGGACGAAGCACUUCCAC